GAGCCUCACUUUAUUUUGUUUUUGGCGUGGAGGUAUCUGCUUGGAAAAUAGGUUGCCUGUUCCUCCUCGUCGUUUUAACGGAAUAUUUCAGAAGAUGUCCUCGCCGCUGUCCAAGCCCCAGAUCAUCGCCCACAUCCAGAAGAGUCUGAACUACACGGUGUUUGACAGCAAAUGGAUUCCCUGCAGCGCUAAGUUUGUCUGCCUGGGCAACUUCGCCAGAGGCACGGGGGUGAUCCAAAUUUAUGAAGUACAACACGGAGAGGCUCAGCUCAUAACGGAGGUGGAGAAACCUAAACCCUUGAAGUGCGGGACGUUCGGGGCCUCCUCUCUUCAACAAAGACACAUAGCUACCGGAGAUUUUGAUGGAAAUCUCCAUAUAUGGAAUCUUGAAGCGCCUGACGUGCCAGUGUACGCCACGAAGGCCCACAAAGAGAUAGUGAACAGCAUCGACGGGGUCGGCGGCCUCGGGAUUGGCGACGGUGCGCCUGAGAUAGUCACAGGAAGUCGAGACGGUACCGUAAAGGUGUGGGAUCCCAGGCAGAAGGAUUUACCGGUGGCCAACAUGGAGCCUGUGGAAGGAGAGACCAGGAGGGACUGCUGGACUGUUGCCUUUGGUCACGCCUUCAAUGAUCAGGACCGAUGCGUGUGUGCUGGCUAUGACAACGGCGACGUUAAACUGUUCGACCUGCGGAACAUGUCUCUGCGAUGGGAAACCAACAUUAAAAACGGGGUAUGCUGUGUGGAGUUUGACAGAAAGGACAUCAACAUGAACAAACUAGUGGCCACCUCGCUGGAAGGAAAGUUCCACGUCUUCGACAUGAGGACUCAGCACCCCACCAAGGGCUUCGCCUCCGUUUCCGAAAAGGCUCACAAAUCAACCGUGUGGCAGGUGAGGCAUUUGCCACAGAACAGAGACAUCUUCAUGACUGCAGGGGGAGCAGGCAACCUACAUCUGUGGAAGUAUGAGUACCCUGCACAGAGGAGCAAGAAGGACUCCGAUGGAGUGGAUGUGGGCGUGGCCGGUUCGGUCAACCUCCUACAGAACGUCACUCUGUCCACGCAGCCAAUCGCCAGCCUGGACUGGAGCCCCGACAAGCAGGGCCUGUGCGUUUGCUCGGGCUUCGACCAGUCUGUCCGCGUGCUCAUCGUCACCAAACUCAACUCGGCGUAACCGAAGCCGGAGGCCAGCGACGGGAAAAGCCCGUCAGAGAUCGCCCGCAGCUCCGGCCCGUCUUCAGCCAGACGCAAACCGUCUCCAUCCGCCACCGUCGGAUACGAUUGGUUCGCCUCAAGUGAAACGGGAAAACUCCUGUUUUGGGUCGAGUUGUCUUCUCCGUUGAAGGAAGAGCUUAAGAAUGUAUUGAGCGUAUGAUCCUGCAGUCCACAGGAACCCACCCAAAUAUUUCCCACGUUAUCUUCCAGGGUGAAGAAAUUACUUGUACACCUGCAUGUCGGGGAGAAUAAGUUUUAUUAUCUUGGUUGAGUUCUGUCUGAGGGUGCCUUGCUUUGGCGCAGCUAUGCUGAGCAGCGUUCUACAGGUUGUAUUUUGGUUAAAAGCUUUCCGUUCUGAAAUGACA